AUGCUCUCCACCGGUGCCCAGUGGCUCGAGAACAUCGGGCAGCCCAACCCUGCUAGCGCUAGCGACGUUCGAGCCGCUCGGGUCAACACCAAGGGCGUGACGAGGCCCCGGGAGGAGAAGGGAGAGGCAGAGGGCAAAGACUCGAAGGACGCCGAGGGCGAGGGCUCGGUGAGCAAGCAGCUGCAGACAGCCAUCGCCCGUCUGGCGCUGCAGCACGAAGAGGACCUUCGAGGGUUGGCGCGCGACGACAAUUUCGCGAUCAUGACGAGCGAAGGCGCAAGAGGCGGGCGCGGCGCUGGGGCCGAGGGGGGCGCCUUCCGCGGUAACCCGCUCGGAAAGAAGCCAGGCGCCUACCUCGAGCGCCUCCUUGUCGCGGCAAUGGGAAUCAGGGUGGAGCAGGCGGUGGAGCAGGUGGAGCAGGCUGCAGAGCAGGGGCUGGGCCCGAUCAGCACCAAGCAGGCCCUGGAGCAGUUGGCGGCAUGGGGCGAGAAGGCCUGCACGAAAGAGGCCGUGAUCCAGGCCACGAGGCGCCUCUUCAUCGAGGCGAAGGAGAGCCCAGACAGCGACGUGGAGUGCGCGAAGUGGAUCUUCGCGAUGAAAGCUGGCGGGCAAGGCGUGGACGCCGUGCUGGCGAUCGCAGGGGACGGGCCCGCCAAGGCGGGCCGGUCCAUUGGCGGCCGCGCGCUGGCCCUCUUUGCGGCGCUGCGCGCGUCCCGCCCGGCGGCCCGAGCCGCCUUCGCCGCGGCGCCGCGGCGGGGCCUCCGCGCGGUGGCCGGCCCGCUGCGGGCGGACGCGGCUUUGGGGCGGCCGCUGACGACCCGGAAGGCCACGCGCGAGGAGCUGGUGUUGCAGAACGCGGCGAAGUUCGCCGAGAGCGGCGCGCAGGUGUCGCCCCUGAGGGAGGGCGACCUCCUCCUCAACACGGCGGUCUUCCUGGUGUUCUCCGUGCCCUUCCUGUACGCCUCCUGGGAGUUCUGGAGGCGGAUCGCGUUCGGGCAGGAGUUCGGCACCGGGGACGACCGUAUCGUCUUCGCCAAGUUCGAGGACCAGGGCUCACCGGGAGCGGAAGGGGCCGCGCCACCCAUGAAGCCGAGGCCCAUCGGCAGGAAGGGCAAGGUCACGAUCGGCCCCGACAUGGAUUCGAACCGAGGCCGACAGACGCUCUCGUCCGACGCGCUCGCUUUCGCGUAUUUCCUGCAGAUCGGAGCGCUGAUCUUCGCAAUUCUAGCGGGGUACGUCGUCCUACAGGCGUUCGCGGACAUGUACAUGCGCGGCUGA